AUGCCUACGAAUUUUAAAUGCACUGAAUGUGAACAAGAUAUUGCACGUGUUGGUUGGUGUCCAUCAUGUGAGGGUGCAAACUAUAGAGAAAAUUUUAACAAGUGGACAAGUGGUGAUCGAAAAAUUGACGAAAUUAUCCGGCGAUCCCAGUCAAAUCCUAUUGUUUCUGAUCAAGUAUUAGAAUGGAUUGAUUAUCAAGAGCUCGAUGUGUAUGGAUUAAUAGGCGAAGGUGGUUUCGGAAAAGUUUAUUCCGCGGAGUGGCAUAAAGGUCCACGGGAUUUAUAUAAUAUAGAAAUAAAUAAAUGGAUUCGAAGAGGUCCAACGGAAGUAGCCUUAAAAAUCUUAAAUGAUUUAACUAAAGCUGAAGAUUUUUUCGUUGAGCUUGAAGCUAUAAUGAAAAUUAAUGCCCCUUUGUUCAUCGCAAAGACUUUUGGAAUUUCUAAGGAUCCUAAACUAAAUAAAUAUGUGAUUGUAAUGAAGAUGUAUAGUCUUGGUGAUUUAAAAAAUUUUUUAAGUAAGAGAAAAAACAUGAGAUUUAUUGAAAGGGCCGCAUUAGUAGGCUGGCUUGCUGCUGGUUUGCUAAAAAUUCAUGAAAAUGGCUUAAUUCACCGUGAUUUGCACUCUCGAAAUGUUUUAAUAGUUUUAAUGGAUGAUCCUAAUUUUCAAGGACCUAAAAAUCUUGGUUUAAUCGCUGAUUUUGGAUUAUGUAAAGCAGAUGAUCGAAAAUCUGUCGAAGUAAGGGGUGUUAAGAAAUAUGUUGCUCCUGAGGUCCGUGAAGGAAGCCCUUACACCAAAGAAUCAGAUAUAUAUAGUUAUGGAAAACUUGUUCAAGACGUCUUUGAAAAUAAUUCAUCACAUUUGAUUGAUGUAUUAACAGCAAAUUGUUUAAGUAGAGAGCCUUCAAAUCGACCUGAUAUAAAAAUGAUUUAUAUUUUCCUUAAAGAAGUGGUAGUAUUUUAUGAACUAGGACCAGAUGGGUAUUUUAAUCUAUUCUACCGAGUAUCUGAUGAACUAAAAUCAGUGAAACAGGAGUUAAAUAAGAUUUACCAUUAUGAUUAUUCUAACAUGAAAGAAAGACUGAUUAAAAGCUCUGAAAAUUUGAUCGCCGCCUUUCCAAUGCACGAAGGCGGACUUCUAAUGAGUUGUGGUGCCUUGAGCUCUACUCUUAAAGAGGUUGUUAAAGCACCUAUCGAGAGAAUUCAACCCAUGCUGGAUUCGGCCUGA